GGCCCUAAUUAUACAUUUAAUAUUUUUUUUUCAUGUAAAACACAUCAAUUGAUAUUCAUUGAUUUUUGAUAUAUUCAUGGACUUACAUAUAAGUUGCUGAACUAUUAUAAAAUAAUUUACCUCUAUGAAAAUCGUUAAUGGAUUGUUUUACCAAAUAUAAUCUAAUGCUAAGUUUUUGAAACAGAAUUAAAAUGUUAAUUUUAUAAGAAACUUUACUAACCAAAAUAUAAAUGAUCUGCUUCAGAAAAUAUUUAAAUUAGUUUCAAAUAAAUCUACUAUUUUCCAAGAAUUAAAUAUUUUAAAUUAUUUAAUACUCCAUCUGUUUCAUAAUAAAUGUCAUUUUAGCUUUUUGUUUUUCUUGUUACACAAAAAGUGUCACUUUACCAUUCCAAUGCAAAUUAUACUUACUUUUAACUGAAAAUUAAUUGUAAACUGCAUUGGUAUUAUAAAUAAUUUUAUUUAUCUCAAAUACUAUUGGUCAGAAAGAUAUAAUUAAUAACAACUUACAUAUAUUUCCGCUACUUUCUUAGUCUUUGUGAAAAGUGUCAAAGUGACACUUAUUCAGAUAUGGAAGGAGUAGAUGAUUACAAAUUAAUUAUAGAUGUAUAUAAUCAUUGCUCAGAAAUUUCAAUUAAUCAUUUGUGAGUUGGUAUUAGUGAUUAUCCCCAAAUAUGUUCAUAACAUUUAUUUGAUGUAGUGAGAAUCAUUACGAAUAUUAAUUUUAAACCAUGGAAAUGGUAGUGAUGUAAUUCAAAAAUGUAAUAACGGCAUAUAAAACAAGAUUUUUGUACGAAGAUUAAAAUUGUUAUUUCCUAAAUUAAACAUCAGUUAUUAGCUACACAAAUAUUAUUUGAAACAAUUGUAAAUGUACUGAAGAACAUAAAUUGUACUAAUAAUAGAAAACACGUUAGUUUUAUAUUGAGAAAUUGAAAAUAUUGUCUAAAACGAAAAAAAAAAAAUUUGGCCAAACAUCCCUUUCUAUGAAUCAUAGAGAAUAUGUAGAAUACUUUUUUGGUAAAAAUGCUAAUAUAAUGCAGAAUUUGUUUUAAGAAAAAAACUAAUACAGGGUGUAUUUUACAAAAUUCAGCUAUUUAUAUAAACCCGUGUGGUAUAUACUUGUGGUAUAUUCUUAUAAACAUGAGAUUCCUUGUUAUAGUAUGUAUUUACAAACAUGAGAUUCCUCUUUACAAAAAUGAGUUUCUUCGUCAUAUGCUUGUGGUUAAGGCUUUACAGUUCACAAAUACUUAUAAUAUAGUUUGUUACUUUGAUUGAACAAUGGAGAUUUAUUUGUUUAUUUGGUUAAUACUAUCUAUAUAUUCAGGUGUAGCAGGUCAGUUAUGUCCCAACCAAAAGAGCUUCUAGCGAAGAAAAAGCUAUAAAAAUUGUCUUCAGUCAAGCAAAAAUGCAUGCAUUGGGCUCUCUAUUGUUCCCAAACUCUGGGUGGGCAGCAACGGUAGAGUGCGAGAGCUACAAACUCGUUGGAGAUAACCAUAAGAACGACACAUUUCUUGAUUUUCCGGUACCGAAGACGUAUGGAGUGGUCCAUCAUCAGACCAGCUUAGGGGUUCCUGUUUUGUCGGAGGGAAAUGGAUUAAACAACAAUUCGGUCGUGAUCAAGAAGCUUAAUCACAAUGCCAAUGAGCGUAACCGUCGCCAGAAAGCCAACGCUUUGUUCUCAUCUCUUCGUUCAUGUCUUCCAAGUUCAUAUCAGUCGAAGAAGCUAAGUAAUCCUGAGACCGUUUCACGGAGUGUGCUGUACAUACCUGAGCUGCAAGAGGAAGUGAAGAAGCUAAUACAAAAGAAGGAAGACCUCUUGGUGCGAGUAUCGGACCAAAGAGAACAUUACGUUAAGCCGGAACCAAAGGUGGCUGCUAGUUAUUUCUCCACCGUUUUUGCAACUAACCUUGUAGACAACAAAGUGACGGUCCAAAUCUCAUCGUCCAAGAUUCAUAAUUUUUCGAUAUAUAAUGUGUUGAAUGGACUAGAAGAAGAUGGGUUUGUUAUCGUGAAUGUUUCAUCUUCGAGUUCUCAAGGAGAAUGGCUCUUUUACACUUUACAUCUUCAAGUAGACAAGAUUGAUAGUUACAAGCUAAUUUGCGAAGAUUUAAGUCAAAGGGUUCUGUACUUGUAUGAGAAAUGUGGAAACUCGUUUAAAUGAUCAUUUGUUCUUGUUUCCUUUUGUGUGUCGUCCUUUUCUACAGAUAAGCUGUCAUUCUUGAUUAAUGUUUUGUAACGCAAGAGAUCAUGCUAAUCGUCUGUGUUUCAUUUCUAUAUUAUCGGAUGUUGACUUGAUUAAUGUACAACUUGUGUGUCUCAAAAAAAGAAAGAAAGAUUAAUAUACAACUUGUACGUAGUUGAGUUGAUUCUGUUUUUUUUUUGGUCAAAGCCAAUGAUCGAUUACUAGUAAACUACCACUAAGUUCGUAUUACAUCAAUAAAUUUCAGUUUUGACUGCGAUUUAAGAAUAGCAGUUAUAAUUUAUGUAAAUACUUUUCUGGUGGCAAAAACCCUUGAUUAUUCCAUCUACUCUUCUUGUUUAAACCCUAUAUUUUAUAACAAAAGUUAUGUGAAAAGAGUUAGUUGAUUUUGAUGUCUUAACAAAAGAAAAUAUGAGAAAAGACAAAAGAUAUGUUAAAAAAAAAGGAAAAAAAGUAUUUAAUAGAUGGUCCUGCCAUUUAAAUACUUAUUUCGAAUCAUUAAAUACAUGUUUAAUGAGAGCCUUUUGGUUGGGUAUCCAUUGAUCUUGGAGAUAUAUAUUACUCCAAAAAUAACAGAUUGCAAAAUUAACCAAAAACAAUAGUGGUUCUGUAUUUAUUACCGCCUCGUGAAUAUUUUAAAGUCUUGCAGCAAAUAGAUUAUUAGUGAAUCUGGUGAUCUAAGCUUUUCUACUCGGAUUACUAGUGAAUCUGAUGACCUACGCUUUCCUAGUGAAUCUGAUCGAUAGUGCAUUUACAUGAUAGAUUAUCAACCUUUGUUAAUUAAAUUAAUAAUAACCAGCCUAACAUAUAUGUAAUAUAAUAAUCCAACUAGGAUGAAGUCUUGCAACAAAUAGAUACUUUUAUUGUUUAUUUGUUGACUCUAAAACAGUAAAAGUAUCUCGAUGCUUGCUUUGCCGUACGAACAGUGGAAUUAUCUGCGCCGUCAUGCGCGAUACAAAGGUAUACACAACGUUGUUAAAUUUCUAACUUCUCUUAUACAAAGGUGUUUACCCGAAGCUUCUUCCACAUGAUUUUCACGAGCCUUCAACAGUUUUUUCGAUAUAUAUAUAGGUAAUAAUUAUAUCUGUAAAUUUUGAACAAAUUAAUUAUGUUUAUUAAAUUUCGGUUGGAUAAAAUUUAUAAAAAAUAGUUAAACAUAAAAAUAUAUAUUUAUAAUUAAGACCUAAUAUAUUUUUAAUAUGUAUUUAAACUUUAAAUAUACAUUAUUUUGAAAUGAACAGAAUAUAAUUCUUUAUCUUAAUGAGUGUAUUUUUCUUAAGUUUUUUAGUGCAUGCAAUAUUCAUAUUUAACUCUGACUCUAUUAGUUUACUUGGUGACUGAACAUAGUUCUCCCACAUACUCUGCCAUAUGCCAAGCUUCGUCUUGAGAUCCAAAUAUUGUAUAAUACUAUACUAUUUAGUAUUUAUAAUGGAAAUGUUAGAAUAAUUUUUUUUACCGCUGAAUAAUAACUAUAAAUACGUUGAAAAGUCAAAUUAGAUGAUGUAGAUUAUUUGAUAUAAAAAAAUUAACAUAUUAGAUAAAACAAAAUGAGCUAGAAACCACGAUAGUCACAAGCAAUAGCGGAUCUAGGAAUUUUUAUUAUAAGAAAAAAUUUCAAAAAUUGAAAAAACUAAAUAUUUAACCAUAUGUUUGAAAUUUUAAAAAGGACAAAUUUAAUCAAUCUCUCCAAAAUUUAAUAUAGAUAAUAAAAAAUCUAUUUUUAUAAAAUCUAUAGGUGGAAAAUGUUCCAUCUUUAUUAAUUGUACAUAUUGCACUGGCGUUCAAAGAACACUAAUUAUAUUCAUGUAUUUUAAAUUCUUUUAAAUUAAUUUUAUAAUAAAUUAAUUAAAUAUUAAUCUAUAAUUUUUUUAUAUAAAUAAAAGUUAAAUUUAUUUCAUCUGGAUAAAAUAUAUUAUUAUGAUAAUAUUUUAUUAUUUUGAAAAAAAAUUUAGUACUUAAAUAUAUUUUUAGUGAAUAAAUUCAAAUAAUAUUCUUUAAUAUUCAAACAUGUAUUAGUUAUUUUCUUAGCUUUUAAAAUUAAAUAGUUAUAAAAUAAUAAAACAAAGUAUAUAAUUUUAUUAAAUAAAAUGACAGUAAAAUGAUUUUAUUAAAUAAAAUGACAGUAAAAUUUAAAAAGUGAACGAAUGUUAAAUUAUUAAUUAGAAAAUAAGAUAGUAUUCAAAUUAUUUAUAAAAAAAUGGAAUGUUGAAUUUUAAAAGUUUGUAAAUAUUUUAUCUUAAUGAACAGUUUGUGUUUUAGAAUUUCUUAGAUACUUAUUAGAAUUCUUAUGUUUACUUGCCAUUAACCUAUAAUUCAAGUAUUUUUUAUUAAAAACAUAAAUAUGUAAUUAAAUUAUUUUUUUACCAGAAAUUCUCAGUAUAUUAGAAGAUGCUCUUACAGCGAUAUUUUUUUUACACUUCGAUUCAACAUUACCGGGGUUACACAUACUAAUAUAAAUUAUGUUGAUGCUUUUGUAAAUGAUUUUAUACAUGUAUUUAAUAGCGAGUUCUAAUUGUUCAAGUGAGCACGUUACACUAAUUAAUUAAUAAGCGGUACUGGCAUCGCUAAAAUAAAUGAGAAGCCAUGGUAGUCCAUUGACCUUGGAAUUAGUAUAUAAUACUAUACAAGUAUAUACUAUGAGAGAAUAUACUGGGCAGCUUCCAAAAUUCACAUAAUUUUUUUUUUUUUGGUAAUCAAAUUCACAUAAAAAUGAAUCAGAAUAAUAGCAUUCUCGUAUAAUGUUUUUGAAAAAGGAAACCACUGUUUUUCUGUAAACAUAUAUAAGUAUUUUACUAUAUUAUUAUCGCUUUUAAAAAUAAUACUUUUGGUCUCAUUCGAGUAAUCCGAUAGUUCAGCGAAUUUUUCUUAACUGAUCUAUCAGAGCAUCUCCAACCAUAACACCAAAUUUAGCGUUGAAAUUUCACUAUAUUUGGUUUAGUGUCAUAUUUUUUUGUCAUCUCUAACCAUGACAUCAAAUAUUACAUCAAAAUAAUGUUCCUAUUAGGCUUGGAGAACUACUCGGAGGAUGAUUAUUUGAUGUUUUCAAUUUUAAUAUUUUUAUUAUUUGUAACUGAUAGAUAAUUAUU